UACCAAGCUACCUGCCGUACCCAGCAUAGUCGUCCUGUGCCCGCCAGCCGUUACUGUCAUCCACCUUCAAAACUCCAGUGAACCACGAGUUUCUAAAACAUCGUCCCGCUGUUCCCGACUUUAGCAUUUGACCCACCUAGUUCUGCUGUUCUGUAUACCCUCCUCAACAGAUACAUUACCUACUGACGACCACAAACCCAAUUCGGCAAGAGUCAUACAGCGAGAGAUCUUUGGUCUUUACCUACCUAACUGAAUAGAGCGCCCAACCCUUGUCGCAAAGCCCCUCGCAUCUCAACCCCGCCAGCGGCAACACCAUCCAGCCACGGCUGCUACAAUAACAUAUCUUUCCGGCCGAUAUGGGCAAUUUGCAGUCCAAGAAGCUCCCGGAUGACCAGCUGAAGGAGCUACAAAAGUCAACCAACUUUGACAAGAAGGAGCUGCAGCAAUGGUAUAGAGGUUUCUUGAAAGACUGCCCCUCGGGCAUGCUCACCAAGGGCGAGUUCCAAAAGAUCUACGCCCAGUUCUUCCCUUUUGGCGACCCUUCGACCUUCGCCGACUAUGUCUUCAACGUCUUCGACACGGACAAGUCGGGCACCAUCGACUUCAAGGAGUUCAUCUGCGCCCUGAGCGUCACGAGCCGCGGCAAGAUGGAGGACAAGCUCGACUGGGCGUUCCAGUUGUACGACAUUGACGGCGACGGCAAAAUCAGCUACGACGAGAUGCUCAAGAUCGUCGAGGCGAUUUACAAGAUGGUCGGCUCAAUGGUCAAGCUCCCCGAGGACGAGGACACGCCUGAGAAGCGAGUCAAGAAGAUCUUUCGGAUGAUGGACAAAGACGAGAACGGCAGUCUUGACAUGAAGGAGUUCAAGGAAGGCAGCCAGCGCGACGCGACAAUCGUGUCGGCGCUGUCUCUGUACGACGGUCUAGUGUGAAAAUGGAGGCCGAGGCCUCCCGGGGGGCGGGCAUUCUUGUUUUUGUCUUUUGGUUUCUAACUAGUGUAAGGUGGGCUCUCUGGAGAGGGAUGGAAAUAUGGGCGGCGUGUCGUGUGUUGUGUGUCGGGCGAUUCGGGUUACAAAGGGACCUGUAUGCGAUUGGUUUCGCCGCUUCACCUGUUAUCCGCUGCAGAUGAGGCUGAAGCCUCAUCAUGCAAGGCCCUCAGGGUUUUAGGUUAGAUGGGACAAGCAAACUUUGCAAUGAGAUACCUCAAAUUUAACUCUUCUGGGUUGUUUGCAGCUGCCACAGAAC